GGCAGAACAAAACCCCUCGCCAAAAACAAGCGUGUGUACAGCACGCGGGGAGAGAGAGAGGCCAACAACCAUCUGUGCGAGCAGAUCGACUCGUUGUCUCGUUGCAAUGGAGGCCGACAUGGACAUGAGCUUCGAUUUCUCUUGGGAGACGCCUAACUUCUUCGAGGCCCAGGUACUGGAGCUCGGCGUCAUCGACAGCCUUGUUGAUUGUUCUAGUAUGUACUUGCCGGCUGAGGACUCGCUGUCCGGUCUGUACUCGUGCUACGACGACUCGAGCUCGCCGGACGGCGCCAGCUCGUGGUCGAUGGCCAUGACGAGGGCAACCCGCGCGAGCAAGAACAUAAUCAUGGAGAGGGACCGUCGCAGGAGGCUCAACGAGAAGCUUUACAACCUCCGCGGCGUCGUUCCAAACAUCACCAAGAUGGACAAGGCGUCCAUCAUCCAGGACGCCAUCGCGUACAUCGAGGCGCUGCAGGAGCAGGAGCGGCAGCUUCUAGCCGAGAUAUCCGACCUCGAACCAGACAACUGCACCGCUGCGGUCAAGGCGGAGAACGUCGCCUCCGUCGGGAGCCAGGCGGAGGAAGAAGGCGUGGGCCUGCCACGGCGGAAGAAGAUGAGGAGGACUAGCUCCGCCUCCUCCAUCAACGACGCCAUCACUUCCCCUGCCACGUAUGCGGUCGAAAUCCUCGAGCUGGAGGUGACGAAUGUAGCGGAGAAGCUGUCGGUGGUGAGCCUGAGGCACGGCAAGCCGCGGGACGCCAUGGUCAAGGUGUGCGGGGCGCUGCAGUCGCUCUGUCUCAAGGUCAUCACGGCGAGCGUCACCACCGUGGCCGGCAGCAUGGUCCACACCAUGUUCGUCGAGACGGAAGGGGUGGAUGGUGCUCAGACAAUCAAGGAGAUGAUAAAGUUUGCACUCCACCAUCUCAAAUGAGAAGAAGCCCGUCAAAAUCCAUGAGUUACUGAUGAUGUUAAAGUGUUGCAAACGAUGCACUAAUGACUUCUACCUACAGUGUAUCAUGUUCACCAUAUCAUGACAAGAGAGGCCUAUGAAUCCACCUCAGUACUACUAAUGUCAUCAUCUAAUAAC